AUGGAAACUAUCAUCGAUAAAGUCGAACAACUUGGAAUUGAUACAUCAGAUAUCGCAAAAUGGUCUGACAGCGAGGAUACAACAAAGGAGCCAUUGACACCUGUUUCAAUUGAUCUCCAUAGCGACCAUCCACCACCACUGGAUGUUUCCAUGACAACAUCUCCCAUUAAGCAGCACAAGAGAUCCGCCAGCGCAGUCUACGAAUACACCAUUGACAGCUUGCAGCCCCAUCAUCAAUCAUCUUCAGACCUGAAGCAAUACGUACAGAGGAAUGUAUCGCAUAACAAGAAAAAGUGGUUUCAAUUGCCUCGUAUGAACUUGAAGAGGCAGCAAUCCACUCCACCCAGAAGAGGGUUUGGAGGACUCAAAGCUGGAUUAGUGGAACCUCCGGAACCACCGCCACAGCUCCUCUUUAAUCUAGAUUGGUCAACAAGUUUGAAAGGCCCUACAGCACUAUGGGAGAAUGAUGUCAAGCAAUCAGCAAGUACGCCCGUUACACCCGUUGUGAGUAGAAGGAGUUCUGGUGUUUACUCUGACACGAUUUUUUCAAGCGAGUACUACACUACUCGUCAUAAGUCGUCAUCGUCUGUGUCAUCUGCAUCUACCGUUGUUCCUGAGCAAGACAAUCAUCCUACCACCACCCAAUCGGAAAGUGACAUGCUCGCUGUAAGACGAUUGAGUUGCCCAAAUUACAAGUAUCAGAACAUCUUUCUGGAUGAAGCAGGUAAUACAACGUCCAAAUCAAAAACAGGUGGCACAAGCACGAAACUAUUCUCCAUCAUUCCAAUGCACCAAAGACCCAAUUUGAAGCGAGGCACCUCAACGGAAAGUGUCCUGUGCCAUUCAUCCCCUUCACCAGUAUCUACACCAUCGUCAUCAUCCGUAUUUACACCACCUCCAUCACCGCCACUAUCCAAGAGCAGUGCAGACUACAAGACCUUAUUGUUUAAUGUUUACGCGCCAGAUACCAACGAGCUCGUAUUGAACUUUAGAAACAUUCAGCCGAGAACUGUGAAACUGAAACGAAGAUGCAACCUCAAAUCUGAACAAAAGGCGUUGCACCAAUGGCAAACCUACCUGCUAGCAGCACUGAAGCAUUCGUUUUCCGUUCAGCGCCAAGACAACACGAUUUCCCCCGCAAAGAAGGCCAGAUAUUUCCUGACGAGACGCUUCAUUCUACAAGAAUUCUACACGACUGAAAUCACAUUUUGGAACCAAUUGAACUUUUCCAAAGUGAUGUUUUGUGAUCCGCUAAAGUUGGCACUGGAAAGAGGCAGUGUGUCAGCUCGCCCCACUGACAUGGAUUGGUUUGCCAACUUACAGGAUCUCAUGAAUUUCUCAUCUAUAUUGAUUCGUCGACUAGGGCAAUUUCAAGUGGAUAAGAUCCCUCCUAAAGAGGAAGUGAAUGAUCCCAACUGCCAAACGGACCAAGUGAACAUUGGGCUGGUGUUGCGCGAAAUGACCGAAUCCAUGGUCACUUUUCUGCGGUGUGCUUUGGACUACAAAGCCAACAAGAAGUUGAUGGAUCAAAGAAAGACCAACAAGGCAUACACCUUGUACAACGAAAAACUAGCGUUGAGAAAGGAAACCAGGCAGUUUACGCUUGGUGAUUACCUGAUUAUUCCAAUUCAACGGGUUACCCGAUACGGUCUGUUACUUGCAGAUCUCGAAAAACAUACCGAACCAACGCAUCCCGACUACAGAAACAUCAAAAUCUCAUUGUGCAUAAUACAAAGCUUAGCAUCUGCUAUGAAUGCUGUUCAAAAUUAA